ACACAAGAGACAGACUGCAGAGCUUCAGCAACGAUGGCACUUUGCUUUUUUCUUCUGCUUCUCAGUCAAAUCUGUCAGGUGCCAGCUGUGAGCAAGACCUCAGGUGUAUCUCAGGACAGUGGGAUCAUAACAGCUAACGUUGGGCAGGAUGUGACUUUAAAGUGCAUUUGUUACGAUUAUUCUGCCACUUAUCUCUCUUGGUACAAGCAAAAAAUGGGAGGCAAACCUAUCAUUAUAUCAACUGGGAUGCAAAACGCAGAGGUGGACAUCUCCCCUGCGUAUAAAGAGAGGUUUCGCAUCUUGAAAAAAGAAGAAGGCUCAAACCAUCUCGUAAUCAAAGAUCUUUUCCUCUCGGAUUCAGCGACAUAUUACUGUGGGACUUUAGAAUUCCACACAAUUGAAUUUGGACAGGGAGCUUUCCUACAUGUCAAAGCAUCAUCGUCCAACAUUGGCGCUGUUGUCCAUCAGCCAGCGUUGGAGCGCCUUCGGACGGGAGACUCUUUGAAUUUGAUGUGUACAAUAGGGUCUGCUGGAGCAUGUGCGGGGGAGAAGAACCUCUACUGGAUCAGACCUGGUGCUGCUCAGCCUUCAAUCAUGCAUCACAAGACAAUUUGUGACCAUCCCCCCGACGAUGAGUCUCACAUGAAAAAUUGCACUUCAUACCUCUCUUUGAAGACUGUGAGCUCCCCCGAUGCCGGGGUGUACUACUGCGCUCUGGCCUCGUGUGGGGAGAUAGUGUUUGGCAAUGGAACGAGAGUGGAGAUUGCAGGAGGUUCUUUUCUCCUGGUGUAUUGCCUGAGUGCAGCAUUGGCCGUUUUCAUUGCCGUGCUGCUUGUCUUGGCUUUCGUCGCGUACAAGUUGAAAACAAAGUCUUGCGCCGUCUGCAAAGGAACCGUUUCUCAUCUGCCGUGUUCUGAAGCUUCUGACGUCAUGAACCAAGAUGCAGACAUCUAUUAUGCUGCGCUGAGUCUGAACAGAACAAGUGAACGACGGCGUACCGGGCACACCGAGGAGAGCGUUUGUGUAUACGCCAGAGUAAAGAGUAGAAAACAGUAGGCUUUGCCUUGACAACCAAUUAUCUGUCCGUCCUGUCAAUCACUUGCAAGAAAGCAACCCUUUAUGUGACUAAAUGUACAGCUUAAAAUAAUGUUG